CUACAGCCACUGCAACUACAUCCACAGCCUCUCUAUACUUAAGAGUUUAGCCUUUUUCUUUUACAUAGGCCUACAUAUAUCGAUAUCGAUAGCCAACAUCAAUUGGGUGGUUUAUAUUAUUCUAAACGACUCUAUAUUUUGUACGGAUAUCACAACAUGUUACCCACAUGGACGCUCCCGCAGGAUAAAAACAUUGGCGUUCAGCUGAUGAGUUUGACUUUGCUGCUCGCGCUCACUGGUUGUUCCGGCAUGGAUGUCAUAAUGGCGUCUCCCAAAAACGUCACUGCCUUGAACGGAACGGAGGUCAAAAUCUCCUGCAUAUUCCAGUCAUGUUACAAGAUGGACCCUUCCGUAUUCGUCAUGAACUGGACCUUUCAGGAAACAAAGAAUGAUACUGAAAAAAUGUUAAUGAAGUUCGACAAAAAGAAAGGUAUGGUUCCCCUCCGACUGGAUCACUUCGGGGACCGCGUGAAGUUUGUGGGGAACCUGGAGAAGAACGACAUGUCCAUCACGCUGUCGGAGGUGGAGGUGAAGGACGAGGGUUACUACCACUGCAACAUCAUCAACCACCCUGACCGGAACGCGGGACGCAAUAACAUCACGCUCCUCGUGGUGUUGGAACUUACCACUCCCGAAGACACCACCAAAGCUGUAGCCAUCGGGGCGUCGGUGGGCGGGGCGUUGGCGCUGCUGAUCCUCUCCAUGGUGGUGGUGAAGUGCCUCCGACACCACAAGAAACAGGAGCUGAUAUCAGAGGAGAAGAUGGAGGAGGAGGAGAAGCUGGAGGCCGAGGUCGUAACAGAGGAGGGGACCAAACAAGGAUACUCCUUACCUGAAGAUGCAUAGUAUCCCUGGCUUGGUCGUUGCCUAGUGACAAUCUCCUUCUUCUAUGUGUGUGUGUGUGUGUGUGUGUGUGUGUGUGUGUGUGUGUGGGUGUGGGUGUGGGUGUGGGUGUGGGUGUGGGUGUGAGUGUGAGUGUGAGUGUGAGUGUGAGUGUGAGUGUGAGUGUGAGUGUGAGUGUGAGUGUGUGUGUGUGUGUGUGUGUGUGUGUGUGCGUGCGUGUGGUGGUUUGUGUGUGUGCGUAAUGAUUCAUCUCUUUUCCAUCGUCGUGAGCCCUAAAUCUUCUACUAUAUCAUACAUGUGCCAGGAAGAUUAUACCACUUAAUAUUUGCAUUGACAUACACCACUAAGCAUGUUUGUUGUGUAGCAUCUCAUAUGACAGCACACAUAGCAAAGGCGAUAUAUCGCCAUAUAUAGUAAAAUAAAAUGUCAAAAUAGCAUAACCAUUACAGGCUAAUAUUAUUGAGGAGCAAUACCUUUAGCCUGUAGUCAGUAGGUUUCGCACAUGGGAUGUGGAAAAUCUGCACGACAUUGUAACUUUGUGAUCGAUUAGGGCUCCAUUAAGUUUGCUUCAUUUCGGACAGUGAUUAAUGACAGUUUCAUUGAAAGUGGAUUGUUAUUAUCAGCAGUGUGUGGGCCGAUGGUAACAGGUACCUUAUCAUCAUGGUUAGGAUAAUACAGAAAAUUAGAACUUUGCAGCCAAUUAAGUUUGUUCUUAAGUUGGCUACUGAAAAUUAUGUUGAUGUAUUUGUUUGGUUAUUCCACUGAAAAUCAUGUGUAUGGGGAAAUUAUGCUUUCCUAUUUGAUAACAAUCACCACUAUGGUCUUUACAAAGCUUGAUUCAAAAAUCAUUUCACAUAAACAAACAUGUUUGAUUUAGUAGCAAAUACCUCCGGUGAGUAUUCUUGACCCCUAUAUUCAAUAGACAAAGUUCAGUUUUAGGUUAGUAACUACUUCCUUGGCUGAGAAGCUCUUGCACAGGCUACUAAUUGUGAGGCUACGUGUUUGAUUUAGUCUUUCUAUGAAUGUUAGGCGUUGCGCGUUUAUCUCGCUUUUUUCAUCUAUUUCAUUCUGGGGAAAAUCUGUGAUGCACUUAUACGAUUCUAUUCAUAUUCCUAAAUAAAGAAUGGUACAAUGGAAAAAAAUGGUAGCCUACUUAUUUAGUGAAAUGCAAUAUCCAGGCAUUAUGCUUGUGCAUGUUUUAAUUUCUGGAUUAUGGCUGGACCCUGAAGGCUGUUGUGAUUGCUGAUACAGUAUUCACAGUCACACUAAUAAGAAAAAUAAAAAUUUCAGCAUUCACACUAAGAAAGAUUUCAAUAUCUAGAUUCUGCUGAUACAGCAUUCACACUAUGAAUGACACAAU